AUGUUCAAGAGCGGUCUUGCCCGGUCCUUUGGGAGGGCUGCUUUUGCCCGGACGACCCCCGUCGCCCGCGCCUUCCAGCCCAUCCGCUCCAAUGCUCUCCCGGCUCUUGCUCGUUUCGCUAGCUCCGAUGCUUCCUUGACCGGAAAGGUUCACCAGGUCAUUGGUGCCGUCGUUGACGUGAAGUUCGACGGCGAGAAGCUCCCUGCCAUUUACAACGCCAUUACCACCACCAACAACGGCCAGAAGCUCGUUCUGGAGGUUGCUCAACACUUGGGUGAGAAUGUCGUCCGUACUAUUGCCAUGGACGGUACCGAGGGUCUCUCCCGUGGUGUCACCGCCACUGACACUGGUGCUCCCAUCACCAUCCCCGUCGGCCCUGCCACUCUCGGCCGUAUCAUCAACGUCACUGGUGACCCCAUUGAUGAGCGUGGUCCCGUCAAGGCCACCAAGUUCGCUCCCAUUCACGCCGAUCCCCCUGCUUUCGUCGACCAGUCCACCUCUGCCGAGAUUCUCGUCACCGGUAUCAAGGUUGUCGACUUGCUCGCCCCCUACGCCCGUGGUGGUAAGAUUGGUCUGUUCGGUGGUGCCGGUGUCGGUAAGACCGUGUUCAUUCAGGAGCUGAUUAACAACAUUGCCAAGGCCCACGGUGGUUACUCCGUGUUCUGUGGUGUCGGUGAGCGUACCCGUGAGGGUAACGAUCUGUACCACGAGAUGCAGGAGACCGGUGUCAUCCAGCUUGAGGGUGACUCCAAGGUCGCUCUUGUCUUCGGUCAGAUGAACGAGCCCCCGUACUUCCGUGAUGAGGAGGGUCAGGAUGUGUUGCUCUUCAUUGACAACAUUUUCCGUUUCACCCAGGCCGGUUCCGAGGUGUCUGCCCUUCUCGGCCGUAUUCCCUCUGCCGUCGGUUACCAGCCCACCCUGGCUGUUGACAUGGGUGUCAUGCAGGAGCGUAUUACCACCACCCAGAAGGGUUCCAUUACCUCCGUCCAGGCCGUCUACGUGCCCGCUGACGAUCUGACUGAUCCUGCCCCCGCUACCACCUUCGCUCACUUGGACGCCACCACUGUGUUGUCCCGUGGUAUCUCCGAGUUGGGUAUCUACCCCGCCGUCGAUCCCCUUGACUCCAAGUCCCGUAUGCUCGACCCCCGUAUCAUCGGUGACGAGCACUACAACACCGCCACCCGUGUCCAGCAGAUGCUCCAGGAGUACAAGUCCCUCCAGGAUAUCAUUGCCAUUCUCGGUAUGGAUGAGUUGUCCGAGGCUGAUAAGCUCACCGUCGAGCGUGCCCGUAAGCUCCAGCGUUUCCUGUCCCAGCCCUUCGCCGUCGCCCAGGUCUUCACUGGUAUCGAGGGUACCCUUGUUGACUUGAAGGACACCAUCGCCUCCUUCAAGGCCAUCAUUGCUGGUGAGGGUGAUGACCUCCCCGAGGCCGCCUUCUACAUGGUUGGUGACAUCAACGCUGCUCGCGCUAAGGGUGAGAAGAUUCUGGCUGAGCUUGAGAACAAGGCCUAA